AAAUAAUUGAAAGGCCAAUAAUUUAUCUUAUCUUUAUCGAACCGUCGCGUUGGAAUUCUGCUAAUUAUCAUGAUGUUCUUUCUUUCUUACAUUCGUACUCCCUUGUUGUGUUGAUUGUUUUUGUCUCUCAUAAUUUCUGUGUUUGUAUCUUAAUUAAACGAGCUCAAAAGAUUCAUAAUGGAUAAUGCUACUAUCAAUGCUAAGGGUUGUGACCCAUCCCCGAAUAUAAGUGAAGAAAAGAAUCGUAGUGAUACUGAGCCACUAGUGAUAAGCAUUGACGCUCAUGAAAUACCUCGCCAAAAUGGUGAGGUAAUUCGAGAUUCGGGGUUUUUAGAUUUGAAUUCCCAGGAACGGAGAGAAGAGAGAGAAUCUUUCGAAAGAACAAUAAUUAUAGUGAUGAGCUGUUUGAUAGUUGGAAUUAUUAUUUUGGUCAUGGUAAGGAUUGGCCUCGAUUUGAAGAGAGAACAUAGAAGUAUUUUUUCAAACUGAACGUUCUUGGAAAAUUUGUUGAGUUAUGAUAUUUAUAUUUUAUACUCUCAUGUUUUGUGAAACAUAUCAAUGUGUCAGUUUUUAUAAUUUUGAAAACUUGUUUCAAAUAGAAUAAUUUGUAAAUUUUA